AUGGAUUUCUCCUCACUUGAUCAUGUUAGCUCUUCAAUAAUAGCAGGAGUAAUAUUGUUUACGCUAUUGUCCUCCAGCUUGUCCCUCUUCUAUUAUUACCUGAGCGGAAGCAUGUUCCUCUUUCUUGGUGGUGCCGGAGAUCAUCAUAAAUCUAAUAUUAAACCGCCAGAACCAAGCGGAGCCUGGCCUGUGCUGGGUCACCUCCAUCUUCUCCGAGGUACCAAGAUUUUCCACGAAACAAUGUCUGAGAUGGCCGACAAACAUGGUCCCAUUUUCGGCAUCCGUCUUGGACUUCGCAGGGCGAUUGUGGUUAGCAAUUGGGAGUUGGCCAAAGAACUGUCCACCACUCACGACCUAGCCGUGGCAUCACGUCCCAAAUUGCUAGUGGCAAAGCACUUGGGUUACAACUAUGCCAUGUUUGCCUUUUCCCCUUACGGGCCAUAUUGGCGUGAGAUUAGGAAAUUCGUGUCGUUGGAAUUGCUGUCUAACCGCCGACUCCACUUGCUCCGCCACAUAAGGGUGUCCGAAACAAAAACGUCUAUUCAACAGCUUUAUAAGUUGUGGGCAGAUCAUAGUUAUGAAGGAGAUCAUGACUUGACAACAUCUGGCACUAAUGGUGUCACGGUGGAUAUGAGCCAAUGGAUAUCGGACUUGAUCAUGAACGUGAACUUCAUUAUGAUUUUUGGAAAAAGAUAUUCGGGUGGGAGUGAUGUUGAGAAGGAGGAAGCUCGGAGGUGUCAAAGGAUUUUCAAGAAGCACUUAUAUUUGUUUGGAAUGAAUGUGGUGGGAGACAUGAUACCUUGGCUUCGCUGGUUAGAUAUAAGGGGACACGAGAAAGCAAUGAAAGAAACAUUACAAGAAUACGACCAACUAUUGGUGAAAUGGCUAGCAGAACACCGCGAUCAUCGACAGAAUGCUUGGAAAGUUGAAGGUAAGACUAUGGAACGAGAUUUUAUGGACGUGAUGAUAUCAAUGCUUAAAGAUGUAGAUAUAGUGUUGGGCCUUAUGGGUCCAGUUCAGAUGGAAGGCAGUAGCACUAUGAUCAGGCUGACAAACAAUAACUGGCAGAUUUGGAAAUCCAAAAUGGAGGACAUCCUUUAUUGUAAGGAUCUGUAUGAGCCAGUUGAAGGAGAUAGUGCAAAGCCAAAAGAGAUGGCUGAAGCUGAUUGGAUAAAACUGAACCGGAAAGCAGUCGGCACAAUCAGACAAUGGCUUGAUGAUAGUGUUUAUCACCAUGUAGCAAGUGAGAAAAGUGCUCAUGAGCUAUGGAAGAAGCUAGAGUCAUUGUAUGAGCAGAAGACGGCAGUGUUAGGUCUAGUAUCUGGCCUAGAUCUUGAACUUGAACAACUUGAUGUAAAAACUGCAUUCCUUCAUGGACAGGAUGCUCUGUUUAUAGCUAUGUUGAAGAAAGAGAUGUCCAAGACAUUUGAAAUGAAAGACAUGGGUCAAGCACGCCAGAUAUUGGGCAUGAAGAUUACUCUUACCAAGGCUACUUGCACUAUUUUGAAUAUUACGGGAUCGGACACCCCCGCCACCAUGCUUACAUGGACUCUUUGCUUACUCAUGAACCACCACCACGUGUUGAGAAAGGUAGAAGAAGAGUUGGACAUCCAUGUGGGCAAAGGAAGGAACGUGGAAGAGUCCGAUAUUCCAAACUUGGUAUACCUCCAAGCUGUUAUCAAAGAGGCUUUAAGGCUAUGCCCACCAGCUCCACUAGGAGCCCCAAGAGAAGUCGUCCAAGAUUGUGUCAUCGGUGGCUAUCAUGUGGCGGCAGGGACAAGAUUGUUUAUAAACAUGUGGAAAAUUCAUCGUGAUCCUAGGAUAUGGUCGGAGCCAUUAGAGUUUCGGCCAGAAAGAUUCAUGACUACCCAUAGCAACAUAGAUAUCCGUGGCCAGAAUUAUGAGUUGAUUCCUUUUGGUAUGGGUAGAAGAAUAUGCCCGGGAAUAAACUUUGGCAUGACAAUGGGACACUUGGUCUUAGCUAGAUUGCUGCACUCUUUUCAGCUUUCCAACCCCAACAAUGAACCUGUAGAUAUGACUGCGACCGAAGGAAUGUCAAUUUCCAAAGCUACUCCACUUGAAGUGAUCAUCACUCCUAGGCUUUCAGGUCAUCUUUAUGCAUGA